AUGCAAAUUACAUCCAAUAAAAAUGAUUUAAUUGGAUUAAAGUCACCGACCUCUAUAUCAGCCACUUUAUCGUCGCCAACCAAAUCAUCGAAAUCACCCAAUGGAAACCAUCUGAUUCUCCUUUCACCAGUAUUCAAUCAAAAGAGUUCAAAAGGUCAAUUAUCUGAAAUAUUAAGAAAUUCUUAUCUUAGACAAUUAUUUUAUGAUUUCCUAGGAUUACAAUUUUGUGUUGAAAAUCUAUUAUGUUGGGAUUCAAUCGAAAGAUAUAAAGCUAGAAAUGGUACACCUUCAGAAAUGUAUAAAUUGGCUGAUGAUAUUUAUAAAAAGUUUAUAAAAGAUAAUAGCAUUAGACAAAAAGAAAUAUUAAAAGAGAAAUUGAGAAAUACAUUUGUUUUGCCAAGUUUUAUUUAUGAAUUAAUUAAAAAGAAUAAUAAUAAUAAUAAUAAUGGUGGUGGAAAUAGUAGUAAUGAAAGUUCAAGUAGUCCAAAUACAUCAUCUACAGGAUUGUUGAUUGGUAAUAGUCAUCAUAGUCACCAUCAUCAUCAUCACCACCACCAUAUUAGUUGUGGUCAUAUUACCAACCAUCAUGUGAUUAAAGGUGGUGACACAUUUCCAAAGAGAAAGUCAUCCAAGAUGAAAAUAUGGAGUGAAGUGAUACUACCAGCACUCAAGAAUGGUAAUGCCAAUGCACUCAUCACAGCUGGUAUGUUGGGUAGUUCUGCUUCUUCAACAGCUGCAACAACUCAACAACCAAACUCAAACUCAAACAACACACAACAACAACAACAAAGUCACACCAUUUCACCAAAAAGUAAUAAUAACAAUGUAAUGAGUCCAAAGAUGAAUAGAAAGAGUAGUGGAUUCAUUAAUACUAGUAGUAUACAAACACACCAAAAUCAACAUCACAGUACUCACAAUCUCUUAUUUACAUCACAAAGUUGUCCAAAUGGAAUUACUCCCCACACCUCUCCCAACUCACCCAAUAAUAAUAAUCAUAAUAAUAACAAUACCACUUGUAAUUGCCAACACCUUAAUAUUAUUUCAUCUUCAUCUUCAUCCUCUUUAUCAUCAUCAUCAUAUAGUGCUUUGACAGAGUCAUCAUUGACUUCAUCUAAAUCCGAUAUACUAUCUUCAUCAUUCAACGGGAAAUCUAAUAGUAUUGGAAACCUUGGUAGUAUUAGUGGUGGAUCAGGAUCAGGUGGAGCAGGAUCAUUGGCCAAACGAUCAAGUAGUAGUAUUACCUUUUUCGACUCUUAUACUAGUCUCAACGGCAACUCUGCAGGAUCAUCAUCCACGACGAUUACAGCAGCCGGUAUAUGUUCAGAGAAUCUAGAAGAUAUAGUUGUCAUCGAUGACAACAUUGACGAAAUUAAAUUCGCAAGUUUAAGUGCAUCUACUCUAUUUAACGAUAUUCAAGAGGAGUUGGAACAAAUGAUGAUUGAAAAUUCGUUGGGUGAAUUCAUGAAAUCAAAGUCCUAUCUCGAUCGAGUAGUUGUACCCCAACCAAUAUCGACCACCACCUCGAUGACUCCAUUAAAUACCACAACUACAACUACAACAACAACAACAACUACAUCGACUACUACAACUAUUAAUACAUCAUCAUUAUCAACACCACCAGCUCUUUUAUCAAAUUCAAAAUGA